UUGCCAUAUUAACUCAUUGAAAAUAUUUUACUCUUUAUCAAAUAAAAAACUGUGACAUGACAAAGAAAAUAAUACAGUAUUCAAUCAAUUUGACGAUGUGCACUAAUUAUUUUAGUUAUGGAUAACUUUCUUGACUCUUAACCAUAUUUCUCAAUAGUGCAACAAUGGAAUCUAAUCAGUUAUCAAAUUUAUCAUCAAUAGUAUCACGUUUAGCUGGAAAAUAAUUGAUCACAUUCUUGUAAUAGUAAACAUGACAGUUGAUUUACGUUAUCACCAUACUAUAUAUCACCUAGAUCUGAUAGAUAAAGCAGCAAAAAUGUCCUAGAUGACUUAAUAAGUCUAUCAGAGAUUAUAAUUCCUUACCAGGCCCAUUAUAUGAAACAAAACUGAAAUUACUCGACCAUUGCAUCCACUCAGUAUGUGGUAGCUUAGCUGGUGGGGCUUUGAUAUGUGUAAUGUCAGCUGAGAGUGGGGUAUCAGCUGACUGACAGAAGGGAAACACCCGCGUUACUGUUAACAUCGGAGUUUUGUUGUAGAAGGCGCCAAUUUUGGUUAAAUAAGGACAUUUGAUUGAAUUUUAUGACCACCAAGACUUUCAUUUUACUUUAUAAAUUCAUGAGAUAUUUAUCUACAGAGUAAAAAAAAUGGUUCAGUACUAGGCAGCAACUGUUGAAUAUUCCUGCGAAAGAUUGCAAACAAUUUUAUAAUACAAGGCAUGUUACUGUGUGAACAUGAAAUAUAUAUCUAUGAACAUAAAAAGAAAUAGAAGAAUGUAAAAGCCAAGAGAGAGGAAAGAGAGAAUGAUCGUGUAAAUGCCGGACACUCAAUACAAAAGAUUUCGUGGGAGAUGUCUAUGAAAGUGUGAGCCUGUAAAAAAAGGAGCACAGAAAGCUAAGGAUUUCUCAAAAUGGGAAAACUCCUCAGCCUAUUGGCUCGAGAUGAGUCAACUUGCUGUACUCCACAAAAGUAUGAUGUUUUCCUAGACUUUGAAAAUGCCCAACCCUCGGAUUUUGAGAGAGAAACGUUUGAAGCAGUACAACGUGUUUUGAAAAAUUCAGAAUCUAUUCUAGAAGAAAUUCAAUGCUACAAAGGUGCUGGUAAAGAAAUUCGUGAAGCUAUUUCUGUGCCUACAGAAGAGUGCCAGCGCAAGGCGUACCUGACUGUUGUACCUCUCGUGGCUAAACUUAAAAGAUUCUACGAAUUUUCAUUGGAACUAGAGCGCAUUGUACCACAAAUAUUAGGUCAAUUAUGUUCCGGUAACUUAUCUCCGAUGCAACACCUUGAAACUCAACAAGCAUUGGUAAAACAAUUUGCUGAAAUUCUUGAAUUUGUCUUCAAGUUUGAUGAACACAAAAUGAAAACACCAGCCAUUCAAAAUGACUUUAGUUAUUAUCGAAGAACUUUAACAAAGGCAAAAGACAAUCCUGAAAAUGACUUGGUAGUUGGUAAUGAACUCGCUAAUCGUAUGUCAUUAUUUUAUGCCCAUGCCACACCCAUGUUACAUGUUUUGAGUCACGCUACCAUAACUUUUUUGAUGGAGAGAGAAGAUAUACCAAGAGAGAAUAUUACCGAGACUCUGGGCACAAUGGCUAAAGUUUGUCUGAGGAUGCUUGAAAAUUCUAGUUUAUUGGCCCAAUUCCAAAGAGAAGAAACACAACUGUUCGUAUUAAGGGUAAUGGUUGGUUUGGUCAUUCUUUACGACCACGUUCAUCCCCAAGGAGUUUUUGUUAAAGGUUCUAAUGUCGAUGUCAAGGGAUGUGUUAAACUGCUGAAAGAUCAACCUUCAUGUAAAAGCGAAGGAUUGCUGAAUGCUUUAAAGUAUACGACGAAACAUUUGAAUGAAGAAAAUACACCGAAAAACAUAAAAAAUCUUUUAGCAGCAUGAUUACCGAAGCAGCGAGGUUGUUGCAUCCGAAAUUGAAGCAUUUUAGCUCAGUACUGUACUCUUUUAAUUAUUUUCUUAAAAAUAUAGAACAAUAAGGAUAAUAAUGACAAAAAAAGUAUCUAUCAUUGUGAUGAUUACGAUAAAAAAUUAUGUAAUUUAUAACUGCCAAUUGAAUAAUUUGAAAAAUUAAAUUCAUAGAAUGUGUAGAUAGUUGGUGGAGAUAUCGGAAAAGUAGUUUUUAUCAAACAAAUUGUGAAACUAUCGUGAUCCUGACGAUUAAGGGUAUAUAUUUACUUUAUGAUUAACUGAUUAAAUCAAUAAGUAAUUAUUAUAUUUCUUUUGCGAAUUAUAGUAGUUUUACGGAAAGUUUUCGAAUUAUAUAAGAAAUUAGAUUGUGAUUUUUCUGUCAAAUCGAUUGAAACAACAUCAUGACAUUUGAAGAAAUCAAUUAAAGCUGCUCAAAGCAACAGUUAAUUGAAAAUAUGGAAUUCCUUUUAGUUUAUCGAUAUCUAGUAUGAGGUUCUCAAAUUAAAAAAAGUAUAAUUGAAUUGUAAUCUAUAAAACUAUUAUUGAACUUUUUUAAUAAAAUUUCUAUCUAGAUGAAAAUACUCAUAAAA